AUGCCAGGAAAUGUCCAUAAUUCAGACUUCCUGUUCAAAAAGUCGGACUCAUUCAAUGAAUUCAAUACAAAAAAUACGAUGUCAAUGGGUAGCAUGAUGAUGGCAGCCAUAUAUGAUGAAUAUUCAGAUAUAGAGGAAGAGGACCAGGAGGAAGAAGAAGAAGCAGAAGAGAAACAAGCAGAUCAACCUAACAGUCAACCUUUUUAUGAAGGAAAACUCAACGAUGAUACAUCUGAUAAUUUUCAGAAGUAUGGUAUCGGGGCAAAAUUAUUAAUGAAGAUGGGUUAUCAGAAAGGAAAAGGGCUCGGGGUAAAUCAGGAAGGAAUAAUCAACCCCAUUGAAACAAAGCUACGACCCAAAGGACUAGGCGUGGGUGCAGUUAAAGAGAAAGCAGAUAACAACUAUUCAGAUAGCGACAAGGACGAUUUGGCCAUUGAUUUCGAAAACAAAUCGACAAAGACAACAGCAUCUUCCUUGUCAGAUAAAUUAUAUGAUACAAUCUUGAGGUUUGAGAAAUUAAAUGUAAACAUACCUUCACAUGUUAAACAUUUUUUGGAUCAAAGAUUAUCAUUGCUGGAUGAGUCAUUUGUCCUGAAAGCAGAAGUUCUUCUCGGGAGCUUAAAUGAUAUCUAUGGUGAAGUAACCAAAAUCAUUGAUCGAGAAAAUAUUAUUGACUAUCUGAUAAAAGAACUCGAGAAAACAAAUGAGUCAACUGCAAUAGAAAACUUGCAAAAGAUAAACCAGAUAUUAAGGACAUUUUCAAGUAGUGAAAUAACAUAUGAGGAGGCAUCGAAAAUGAUAUUAACAGAUUUCAAACUGGAACCAAGUGCAGCGUUGGCAUAUCUUUCAUUAAGGAGGGACCAACUUGAACAGUUGACAGAUGUGGCAUUUUCUGAUUUAUCGUGCCAAAAAGAGAAAGUUAUACCUAUCUUGCAUAGUAUUAGAAACGAAUUUCGGCAAUUUAGUACUGAAGUUUCAACAGCACAUUUGGAUAAAUACUUGUACAACAAAUAUUCCAAAAUUAUUAAAAAAAUACUAUAUUGUGCCCCCACAGAUGAUGAAGAUGAAUAUAAAGACAUACUGAAUCAUGAAGUUUUGUUAUCUGUGCUAUCGUUGUGGGAGAGUAGCCCAAUAUUUGUAUUCCAAGAUAAACGAAUGACUCAGCUUGCAACAAAUAUAAUAGUUCCAUAUUUGAGAUCAGAGUUAAACAUACUUGAAAAUGAUAAUAGUACAAUGUACAGUCUACCUGAAUACCUAUUAGAUUAUAUAGCGAUCUUUUGCAACGAUGAAUUGGGCACUUUCGAACAAGUAUUUACUGAAUAUGUGGAUAGAUACCAAAACUUUCUUGAUGUCGAAGCUCCAUCUUCCUUGUGGAAUUUUUUGACCCUGGAAAGAAAAGUGGAGCAAGUAUUUACCAUCAUCGAUGAAUUUAACCACAAUUGGGCACCAGCAGUUACAAAGUUUUUACCCAGAAAAAUUGAGAAAUUUUACAACACGUUUUUUAGAUCAUUUGCCAAAUGGCUUGAAGGUAUUCUGUUUGGUGGAGCAGACGACGACAUUACGAGAGUUGAUAAUGCGUUUGUAUUGCUCAAGUAUGUUGAACACAAAGAUCUAUUAUCUUUACUACAAUUUCGGAUUUUCAAUCGAUGGUUGCAAACGUUCCUCCAAUCAUUUACCAACGAGCCACAUAAUGUUCCAAAAUGGUAUAGCUUUUGGUACUCAUACUUUGCAAAUAAGCUACAAGAAUGUGAUAACAUCACUUCAGAAACAAUUAAUUGGUAUUUAAACAAGGCGUUGGAUAUAAUUGAAGCAAAGUUUGAGACAUCUGUAUGUGAGCUGGUUCCAAAAUUGAAUGGUAAGAUGCUCCCAAAUUGCGAGGAGCUAAUAAACAAUUCUAGAAACAUAAAGCUGACUGUCAACGGUAUACCUUCUUAUCAACUAAUCACUUCAUUCAAGGAUGUUGUUUCCCAGUUUUGUUUACAAAAUAACAUAUUAAUGAAACCUUUAAAAGAUGAACUACUGUUGCAAAAGGGAUUCCCGGUAUAUCAGUUUAGUCAGAAUGAUUUACUGAACAAGAAAAUUUGUGGGUAUAUUGACGAUGACGUGUUAUGGGUGGGAAAAAUUGACGAUCAGGAAUUUGUGCCAAUCAAUCUAGAAAAUUUGACUAAUUAUAUAUAA